CCGCCAUCGACGUAACCUUGACUCUAUUUCGGGUCAACUGAUGUUACCAAACGUUUUGAGUGGUGGAGGGGAAAAGCAGAGAUGGCUAUCCAAAUCCAAUCGCCAUCACCACCACCAUUUCCUCGUCCGCAAGCUGGCCGCCGCUUUCACUCCGAGCUCGCUCACGCCGUCGCCGGAUUCCCUUUCCUCCUCCGCCGUCGGCCUGGCCUCCGCCCGCCCGGUCCCUAUUGCCAAUUGUCGGACCACCCGACGGCCCCUCAAUUGCGAAUCCUGCCGAGGACAGGUGGAAUUGACAGGUCGUUGCUGUCAGUGUCGGAGACGAGCUUCGAGGCGGAGCUGUGGGCCGCCGCGCGCCUCCGUGUCCGGACCUUCUACGACUUCAAUAAGCAGACUUACGGCAUCGAGGAUCAUGAAAGAUACUUGGCUGAACGUGAAUUUGAAGCAAUGAUAGAACGUAUAGCUGGGAAGAUAAAGGGCUUCAGAAGAGUUUCUUGCAUCAAUGCUACUUUGCCAAUCUCGGCAGUGGCGAAUGUCUCGGAUGAUUUGUGUGCUUCUUGCAAAUUUUCACAAAAUGGAGAAGAUCGAGUAGUUGUUGGGACACUAGAUAUAAACCAAUGCAUCAGCCUCCCGAAUGAAAUUAUAGGAAUGAGGCCUAAGGGAAUCGGAGCUGAUUUUGCUAGAGCAUACGUUAGCAACGUUUGUGUGGCUACAGAAAUGCAUCGUAAUGGUUUGGGUUAUGAGCUCAUUGCCGAGUCAAUGAGAGUUUCUGAAAAAUGGGGAAUAAGCGACUUGUACGUUCACGUAGCUGUGGAUAAUGAAGCGGCUAAAAACCUGUACAUAAAAAGUGGUUUCACUUUAGAAAGUGAUGAACCUGCUUGGCAAGCAAGGUUUUUGGACCGGCCCAGAAGGCAUCUUUUAUGGAUAGGUCUUCCUACAACAUACGAAUUGUGAUAACUUUAGACACAUUUUUCCAUUUUUCUGUACAUUAAUUGAUGAAAAUUACAAUCCUGUAUUUGUUUAAUUUCGUCAUGCCCCCCGAGUAUACCUGAUAUUGGAAAUUUCAAGAAAAAUGGGAGGUGAUUUGCCUUUGCACUCACAUUAAACUACAAUCCCGGGGCAAAAUGGAACUUGCACCCCUUGUUUUAUGAAAUUCUCAUUGGCG